CAAAUUCAGAGGCAGACAGGUUGACAGACAGACAGACAGACAGGCAAUCUGAUGCCAACUGUCUCUUCUGUGACUCUCACGGGACGACUCCUCCUGCUGUUGCUAUGGGCAACCCACCUCACCAUGGCAACCAAUUGGCUCUCUCUGGCACGUUUGCCACGUUCUCGUCCUGUGUCUGGUGCAGGACCAUGUGGCCAUCUGAGGGGGUUGUCACCAGGCCAGGUUGGGGUGUGCCGGGCACGGGGGGAGGUCAUGGAGUCCGUGCGAAAGGCUGCAGAAAUGGUAAUUGAGGAGUGCCAACAUCAGUUCCGAAACAGGCGGUGGAACUGUUCCACCACCUCCCGUGGGAUCAAUGUUUUUGGACGAGUCAUGAACCAAGGUUCCCGUGAGGCAGCAUUUGUCCACGCUCUUUCGACAGCAGCAGUUGCCGUGGCAGUGACUCGAGGCUGUAGCAGGGGAGAGCUGGAGAGGUGCGGCUGUGACCGAAAGGUCAGGGGGGUCAGUCCAGAAGGUUUCCAGUGGUCAGGAUGCUCUGAUAAUCUGUCCUAUGGCGUUGCAUUCUCCCAGACUUUUGUGGAUGAGCCUGAGAGAGCUAAAGGCAUGUCGUCAGGGCGACCACUAAUGAACAUUCACAAUAAUGAAGCAGGACGGAAGGCGAUCCUCCAUAACAUGCAGGUGGAGUGUAAGUGUCAUGGUGUUUCCGGGUCCUGUGAGCUCAGAACCUGCUGGAAGGUCAUGCCCCCUUUCCGUCGGGUUGGUGCUGUGCUGAAAGAGCGUUUUGAUGGGGCUACAGAGGUACGGCUGACACGUGUGGGCUCACGCACAGCUCUGCUUCCACGGGAUCCCAAUGUGAAGCCACCUGCCACACGGGAUCUGGUCUACUUGGCUCCUUCACCAGAUUUCUGCCGUUUAGACCCAGACAAUGGAAUCCCUGGUACUGCAGGACGACGAUGUAAUGGAACCUCGAGGUUGGCGCCAGAUGGUUGUGAAUUGCUAUGUUGUGGCCCAGGGUUUCGUGCAGGCCGGGCAGAGGUGGUACAGCGCUGCUCCUGUAAAUUCUCCUGGUGCUGCUCAGUUCGCUGCCAGCAGUGUAAGAACACAGUUCUGAUACACACCUGCCGAGAAUGAGGCAUACCUGGAAAAGAAAAUAGAAUAGAAAAGAACCAGAUCCAACUCUCCUAGAAUAAGUGUGAAAUCACACUCCUAUAUUGCAUGCAAGUCUGCACCAAUCUCUACAUGUACUGACUUCCUGUUACAUACUAAACAGACUCCCAAUUACCUAUAAAAUCAAGGAUUGGCUAAUAAUUUUAAUUAAGCUUGACAUAUAUCACUUUCAUUAUUCUCAUUGUGAACUGAAGGGUGUGAACAACCCUGAUGAUUGCUAAAGCAAUAAUUCACCCAAAAUAAAAUUGUCAUCAUUUACUCACUGGGUUUCAAACCUCUAUGACUUUAUUUCUUUCUUCUGUGGAAGGCAAAAGUGUUAGGCAGAAUGACAGUCUCAGUCAAAAACAUGUCAUUAAAAUGAAUAGUGACUGAUGCUUACAUUCCACCAAACAUCUUUUAAAUUUCCCUAAAAAAAAAAAGUGAUGUAAGUUUGUCAGAACAUUGGAACAGGAAUAAGUACAUGAUGGCAGAAUUUUUUUUACAUUUUUAUUUUAUGACCUUGCUCUAGAACUUAACAAGCCAAAUCUACAGCACAAAAAUGGCAAAUAAGUCAUCUUAUAGUUAAUUCAGAUAUAUUUAAUAUGACAUUUUAUAUUUUCCUAUCAGUAGUAAUUAGAUCAUCAAAUUCAAUGUUGGCUGCUUGUGUCCAUCAAUAGAUAAGCUUAGAUGGAAAUAAGGUGUGUGGGAUGGUCAGAUAUUAUGGUAAUGUAUCACUGUGUACAUGAGUUUUUAGUUUUUUAAUAGUCAACCAGACAACACUACUACAUUUCCUCAUAUGAUCAAUUACACAAAAUACAAACCAUUAACUUUCUCAGACAAUGCUCUUAAAGCUGAUAUUAUCCCCAGAAUACAGCAGGAGAAUAAUGUUAGUAUUAUAUAUUAUAUAAGGCCUUCAGAAGAUAGUGUUAUAUCACAGUAUAAAAUUCCUCUCUUCUCAUUGUUUGUAUAUAUAAAUACUUUUCAGUUUUGCUGAUUAUAUUUAUUUAUUUGAAUUGGUCAUGCCUGUGUGGCAUAAUGGAAAAUUCAACCUGCAUACUCACCCAGAUUCAUUCAUCAGCUGUGUUGGUUUAGGCUUUUCCUGUUGCA